UUCCGGCUGUAUUUCUAUGAGCGCAGCCGGCAGCUGCGGAGCUGCGGGAACCGGACUCCGGGCGGGCUGGACUGCUGGAGUCCAUGAGAGAAGCUUUUAGGUUAAUUUGAAUACAAGAUCAGAUCUGAUUGGCCCACCUGGACACCCCUUCAAGGAAAGCCCGUAUUCUCCGAGAGAGGAAUAAGCCCGUAUUCUCCGAGAGAGGAAUAAGCGACAUAGAUCAAGAUGAAUGCCAUGCUAGAGACCCCCGAGCUCCCCGCCGUGUUUGACGGGGUGAAGCUGGCUGCCGUAGCUGCCGUUCUCUACGUCAUCGUGCGGUGUUUGAACCUGAAGAGCCCUACUGCCCCUCCUGACCUCUACUUCCAGGACUCCGGGCUCUCACGUUUCCUGCUCAAAUCCUGUCCUCUUCUGACCAAAGAAUACAUUCCACCACUGAUCUGGGGAAAAAGCGGACAUAUCCAGACAGCCUUGUAUGGGAAGAUGGGGAGGGUGAGGUCGCCACACCCUUACGGGCACCGCAAGUUCAUCACCAUGUCGGAUGGUGCCACUUCUACCUUCGACCUCUUCGAGCCCCUGGCUGAGCACUGUGUUGGAGAUGACAUCACCAUGGUCAUCUGUCCUGGAAUUGCCAACCACAGCGAGAAGCAGUAUAUCCGAACCUUCGUUGACUAUGCCCAGAAAAAUGGCUACCGGUGCGCAGUGCUAAACCACCUGGGAGCCCUCCCCAACAUUGAGCUGACCUCCCCACGCAUGUUCACCUAUGGCUGCACAUGGGAAUUUGGAGCCAUGGUGAACUACAUCAAGAGGACAUAUCCCCAGACCCAGCUGGUCGUCGUGGGCUUCAGCCUGGGUGGUAACAUCGUGUGCAAAUACUUGGGGGAGACGCAGGCAAACCAGGAAAAGGUCCUGUGCUGUGUCAGUGUGUGCCAGGGGUACAGCGCACUGAGGGCCCAGGAGACCUUCAUGCAGUGGGACCAGUGCCGCCGGUUCUACAACUUCCUCAUGGCCGACAACAUGAAGAAGAUCAUCCUGUCUCACAGACAAGCUCUCUUUGGAGACCACGUUAAGAAACCCCAGAGCCUGGAGGACACGGACUUGAGCCGGCUGUACACAGCAACAUCCCUGAUGCAGAUUGAUGACAAUGUGAUGAGAAAGUUCCACGGCUAUAACUCCCUGAAGGAAUACUAUGAGGAAGAGAGCUGCAUGAGGUACCUGCAUAGGAUAUAUGUGCCUCUCAUGCUGGUUAAUGCAGCUGACGACCCCUUGGUGCACGAAAGCCUUCUAACCAUUCCAAAGUCUCUCUCAGAGAAACGGGAGAAUGUCAUGUUCGUGCUGCCUCUGCAUGGGGGCCACCUGGGCUUCUUCGAGGGCUCCGUGCUGUUCCCCGAGCCGCUGACAUGGAUGGAUAAGCUGGUAGUAGAGUAUGCCAAUGCCAUUUGCCAAUGGGAAAGGAAUAAGUCCCAGUGCUCAGACACGGAGCAGAUGGAGGCCGAGUUGGAAUGAGGUCUCUGGACUCGGGCGUGCUCCAGCGGCCCUCCUCUGGAACCCACGUCCCUUUGACGGCUGUUUCAGAUCUCCCAGUGACCUGGAUCUGACCUCAUACCAUCAGUGGGGGGUUACCCAUCAUGCAACCUGUCUCAAGUAGGCGGCUCUCCCUGGGAGCUCCAGGCUAUUUUUGUGCUUAGUUACGGGUUUUCUCCAUUGCAUCGUUAGCCAUGGUGACAAGCUACAAGAUUCUCACCCUUCUGUCCAGUUUCAGUAUCUGAUUGCUUUCACGCUGGUUAACAUCUAGUUUUCCUAGUAAGGAGCGAGUCUGAACUACAGUUUUGCUUUGCCAAUCAAAGGCCUUUCCCUGAGAACAGUGAAGGAUAUAUGUCACUCUGUGAUGGAUGUAUGCACCGUACUAGAGUCCCCACCAAGAAGUCAGCAUCCCUAGGGCUGAAGAAAUUACUCAGCUUGGGAGUCUGAGAACCUGGACCUUCCUGGGCCUGAGUUUUGCCUAUGAAGCAAAGGAAAUUCUCUGAAUCAAAAGCCAAUUUUUCCUUCUCGUUGUCUCCUAAGACACCUCUGUCUCUGUCUUGCUGCUGCUGAGAGUUGCAUGGGGCACUUGUCUAAAAAUUCAGCCUCCCAGAUCCCUCCCCUCAGAGCCGCUGUCUCAGAGGGCUUGGGAAGGGCUCUGGGGAUUUUAAUUUUUGACAAGUGCCCCAGGGAAUUCUCAUCAUCCAGCAAACCGAGGGAAACAGCAUACUACUAUGCCUUUAAGUUAGAAAGAUCUUGGUGGCUCAUUUAAUUGACAUUCCUAAGCCCCAGUGUCCCUCUGCUCCCAGAGACCUCCAAAGCAGCAAGGCCUGUCGUAUGGCUGCCCUUGUGUGAUCUCCCUAAAAGGGAGAAGGCAUUGGAGCUGAACCCUGUCUCUGCUUCUCCCUGGCUGUAUGACUCUGGAUAAGUCCCUCUGGACUUGACUCUCUUCCUCUGUUAAGUAGGGGGUUGGACCAGGUAGAUGGCAGAGAUGCCCGUCGGUUCAUCCUUCCAGGGUUGCCUGGGACUCCGCCUCCCAGGCUGAGCAUGCAAGCGCCAUUAAUUGCAUUUUUUCCCCUUCCCCAUUUCAUAGAAAGAUUUGAGAGUCUUAAUCACUCUCUUGUAAUUUUACUUUUUCACCCCAGUUCUACCCAAUGUCUAAUUGAUACCAAACAACCCAAAAGUUGGAUGGGAAUUUGAAGAAAUGUAUUUGCAGCUAAGAGAAGGGGGUGAUCUUUUGAAGUUGGUUGGUACUUAAAUAGCCUCUGCAUGGUGUCUGUUGGAUAGAUCUUUCUGAAAUGUCUUCUCAAGCGGACUUCUCACUCUAGGGUUCAAGUACCCCUCUUCUGGAUCCCUGUGGUACUUGAGUCCCUAAGAACCUGCACUUUGAAAAGUAUGCAGCCGAUGUCCAGAAUUGAAUGAGACUAUGGGUGGAUCGCCUGGGUUAUUGUUUGCUCUGCUUCAUCUCCGUUGGCACCAGGACAGCCCGAGAGGUGUAGUCGUGGGUCUGUGUGGAUGCUAAAGGAGCCGCCUGAACACCUCAGGGCUUCCGGUGGAAUAGAGCGUGGGCACUGGCCCGAGAGACUGACAGGAAAGCCUGUACAUGAAGCGCUGUUUUCCGACAAUCACUAGAUCAUCCCAGUCGUCACUGAGAUGUCUGCAGCCUCCAGUUUGCUUUUUGCUAUAAUUUGUCACACUCACCAAAUCCUGUCCCUGUGCCCCUCUCAUGGUGGCCAUUUCUCUGUUGUGUUUCCCUUAGCACAGAUUGGCACUUUAUCCUUCAUCCCUCAAUUUGGAAGUGAAUCCUUCUCUCCCGAUUUUCCCUCCACCCUACCACAGCCAUAAUCUAGAAGCCUCACACACAGUUCCUGUUUCCUGCCUUCAUCCCUGAAGACUUUUAAUGAGAGCAAUAAGGUCACAGAGUUGAAUCACUGUCCCUGGAAGUGAGGGGCUCCCUUUGCUUGCCCGAGGUCAUCUCUUCCCCAAGUCCUGACAAAGCUUGGGUGCCCCCUGCUUCGGAGAAAGUCAGCCAUUUGUUCAUACUUAGGAGGAAGUGGGAGCUUGUCCUGGGAGUCUGGUCCAAGCAACAGGCCUGGAGGCCCGCUGGGGAGAGGUGGAGCUACCACACUCCUAGAGAUCCAGGCCCUGGGACUGGGGGAGGGGACGUGGACCAGCUGAAGCCUCCUUAGUGUGUCACUCUAAAUGGCACUGGCAUUCCAUUUUGCUUCACAUGAAAUCAACUGAAGCUCUUUAUUUAAGUUUUGGGCUCUCAGACAUGGAAAUGAGACCGUAACCGUGGCAGUCGGACAGGAAAAUUCUUGUUUGACCCUGAAUGAGAGUACAGAGGCAUGACUGUGGAGGUGCCAGCUUUGCCUAAUGAAUGGGAGGACAGCCCUCUAUGUAGGUCAGCUGCUUUCCUUCCUCUGGGCUGCCUCGCUCUGGCGUUUAGAGGGUAUUCUGUUUUUAAAUCAAGGAUAUAAAUUACAUAGAGGUAGACAGUUCUGUGGCUGGAAUAACAUUAAGACCCAAGUGCGGAGUGCACCUAUAUUGUGCCAGUUGUACUCCCUGCUUCCCAAAUAAUUGGAAACCAUGGACUUCUGUCAAAUUAGGAUUACCUAGCAUCAAAAUGAUGAUCAAGACUGCCUAGUUAGCAGGGAGGCUUGCAGACUUGAACGCCCGUUCUUUCCUGCACCAACUUUACGUCUUCCAUGCCAGAGCAGAGUAAAGGUGGAGAACGUGUCAGUGUAUCCCUCUCAUGUCUGUGGUAGCCUUCACUCACAGGGAACCUUGGGAUCUACUGAAACAUUCCUCGAAGGGUGUCUUCCUUUAUUCACAUGGUGUUACAGAACCAGCGUCAGGAGACCUGGUUGCUCACCCCCACUGGCUCUGACUCAUGCCAGACACAUGGGCAAGUCACUUCACCUCUCUUGAACCUGUUACCUCGUUCUAUAGCGUCUCUGAGGCUGCUUCACUCACUUGUGAAUCAUUCGCUCCAUCCUUGUUAAGUGUGUCUGAAGUUGCACGUAGAAGGGAGUGAACCCUGACCCCUAAGCUCAUCUUGAGAGAGAGAGAAGGCGUGUGUGCAUUCAACUUUUCUUAGGACACAAGGCAGCCUCCAAAGCCCCGUCUCUGGCUUCUCUUCCUAGUCUUCACUGUCAUGACCGUUUCCUUGCUGUUCUGAGGGUAGUCUUGUGACCGUAGCGGGCGAGAGCCACAGUAAUGAGGAGAGUGCCUCGGUCUUCAGUGUGACCAGGCUAAGGGUGGAUGGUUGCCAAGCCAGAGGUCCUUCCUGGGCAGGCUCGCUCUGGCUCAGCUGAACCUUCUGGGUGGCUGAGCUUAUCUGGCUGGCAUCCGGCUGAGAGCCCUCUUUGUAAGUGGCUGACUUGAGAUAGAGUUUGCCAGGUCUGGAGAUACAGAGCGUGUUUGUGUUUGCCCCGGAAGCAGGUGUUAGAGAUGUGAGAGGCUUUUCUUUCCCUGUGGCCUUGAUCCUGACUUGAGUGACAGUUUUAAAAGGAGGAAGUGUGGGGGGGGGGGAGACAGGACUUGUGGAGUUGAAGGAACCCCCCCCCCCUGGGUUUUCUUCCUUUAGGCACACGAGAGAGUUCUUAGGAAGCAUGUCACCUCAGCAUCCUGUCGCAGUAUCAUCUGGAAUUGUUUUCUUUACCCACAAAGCCUUAACUUGCCUCUAGAAAAUCCCCUGGUAUGGCAACAUUGUGGCCUAAGAAUUCAAACGCUUCUGCUAUGAAAGUCUGAAGCAAAGCCACAGCCAAACCAGAGAAUUUCCUCAGGUGGCCUGGAGGCUCCUAUGACAUCACCCCCACCUCUCACCCCAGCAACAGGAGUGAUCUGGAACUAAGCCCCUCCACCCACCCGUCUUCUUGGCCUUACUCUCUUUCAAAGCCACAUUAGAUCACUCACAUGCUUCCAAAAGGGGCCUGCUUGGCAUUUAGAGACCAAGCCAUUGAGGGCCAAGUUUCUUCCACCUGUUAGCUAAGCAAAGGACAGUUGUCCCCUCUGCCUGGGGUCACUUUUCCCAAACUAUAUUUAUAGCUAAGGACACGGGAGCAGGCCCCUGCUGGCUAUGGAACCCCAACAGCAUCCAGAGCAAAGGCUGCUCUGCUGGCCUUGCUGCCUCCAGGUGCUACAGCCCAGCAUCCUCCUGAAGUGGUCCUUAGCAACAGGCCACAGAGUACAGCUUGCCAACUAUCCCCAGACACCCAGAACACAGACAGCUGUCUCCUUUGGAAGAGUCCGUCUGCCAUGUUUUCCAGCUGUUUUUUUUUUUUUCCUAGUGUAUACAUAGGUAGAGCUUUCAGCAAUGCCUAAUAAAGAAGCUGAAAUCAAUUUCUAAUUGGUAGAUUAAGACUGACAUGGCGAGGUUCAGAAAAUUCACAACUUUUUACUAGACUCCUGUCAAUUAGGAAAUCUAUAACUGGUCCCCAUUAGCCAAGUUAUCUUCUGUUGCCAUAAAUCGGGGACAGUCCAUUUCUAGCGCCUAUAGGAGCACCCUUCGUCUCGGUGGGCAUUCUGCCCCCCAGACCACAGACACAGAGCAGUCAACAUCACCUGAAAUCAUUGCUGACCUCCUCAUUCCCCGGGGCCAACCGCCACUCUCCCAGGCUGCUCUCCUGAGGGAACCUGGUUCCUGGCGGUAGGAGCUGGGCUCGCUUUGGUCUUCAUUCUGGCCUCUUUAGUUUUCCUAAAGCACAAAUCCAUGCAGUGCCCUGUUACCUCUCCACACCCAUUCCAGGUGACCUGGCUCUCUCCCGCAGCCUCAGGCAGACCUUCACUGUACCUGAGUUUGCAACUUU